ACCUUAUUCUCUCUUCUUCUCUCCAUACUCGCCCACUCUCUCAAACAACUUUUUGCUUUCUUUUUUAAUUCCCAUUAUCGUCAAGAUCAUUCUCAUCUGAUUGAACCAAGUUAGUUUCCCUCACUACUCAUUGUGCUGUGUUGUGUUGUGUAAUUGUGUGUCCUGUGUUCAAAUAAAGUAGCAAAAUAAUUAACAGACAAAAAGAGGAAAGGAAUAAGUUAUGCCCUUAUCCCAACAUUUUAAUGAUUUUAGUGAUAAAUUUUUAAAUUUUCUCAUUUUUUCCAGUGGAAGUCGUUCAAAUAAAACUUUCAGGCCCAAAAAGACGAUACCUGAAGGAACACAUCAAUAUGAUUUAAUGAAACAUGCGGCUGCAACUCUAGGCUCUGGCAAUUUAAGAUUAGCUGUUAUGCUACCGGAAGGAGAAGAUCUUAAUGAAUGGAUAGCUGUUAACAUAGUUGACUUUUUUAAUCAGAUCAACAUGUUAUAUGGUACAAUAACAGAGUUCUGUACUGAAGAACGUUGUCCCGUUAUGUCUGCUGGCCCUAAAUAUGAAUACCAUUGGGCUGAUGGUCAAACUGUUAAAAAACCGAUUAAAUGUUCGGCGCCUAAAUAUAUUGAUUAUUUGAUGACCUGGGUCCAAGAUCAAUUAGACGACGAAUCACUUUUUCCCUCUAAAAUAGGUGUGCCGUUUCCUAAAAACUUUCUAUCAUCGGCUAAGACUAUUUUGAAACGCCUGUUCCGUGUUUAUGCUCAUAUAUACCAUCAGCAUUUUGAAGAGGUGUUCAGAUUAGGAGAGGAGGCUCAUUUAAACACGAGCUUUAAGCAUUUCAUUUUCUUCGUCCAAGAGUUCAAUCUGAUAGAAAAAAGAGAAUUAGCUCCGUUACAAGAAUUAAUUGACACUCUUUCAAAUAAAGAUAAUCAACAUAAACAUCAUCAUUCAAAAUGAACAAAUUAUAUGGACGCUGUAUGUAUGCUGUCAAAGCUGUAUCUUUCGCACCUACAAAAAGUUGAAAUUUAUAAAAGCCCAUUCUGUAUCGACUCAAAAUUAUUAAAACGUUAUUAUUAUAAGAGUGUAAAAAA